AUGAGUAUUGACAUUUUCUUCUUCUGUUCACGUGGUUUGUGCCACAGUCCGCUGGCGCCCAUAUCCACCAAAGCUAUCGACACAGAUCAGCUCAGCCGAUUACCAUCCUUCGAUCUGGGAUCUAUAAAUAGCACACUCCCAGCACACCAUAACCCGGGCAUACAGGCAAAGCAGCCGACCAACUCGCUGGCCACUCUCCCGUCGCUGCCAGGGCUUCCAGGGCUGUCACCGCCCCAUGCGUCUACCUACACAAGCGCUGCGCCCGCCCACACUCUGCCUACCUACGACGAUACCGCUGCAAUGCCUAUGGAUACUGACAUGAGUUCAGACCUACCUGGUGUGUCAGACCCGGUUGCCCCAGUGUCAGAGCCGGUCGUGGCCGAGGCGGCAGUUGAGAUUGACGAGGAGAAGGUUGCCGCGUGCGAGAAGGAACUGUCGACACUGACGGAGAAGCGGGUGUCGUUGCUGCAGGGUGUCCAGACACAGAUCAACCCUAUGCUCAAGAAACGCUUCCAGAGUCAGUUGACCGCGUGCGAGAAGAGCCUGGAGGAGGUACAGGCACGGCUGGACAGACUCAAACGGGGCGAAGACUGAUGGGCAUGAGACGACACGACAUGGCAUGACAUGACAUGACAUGACAGGAUAUGCUACUACACAACAUGGUAUGGACAUACAGGACAUGACACGACACGACAUGAAACGAUACGAUAUGGUAUGACAUAGUGUGACAUAUGUCUAGACAGCCAACAAGCAAUCGUACUUCGCAUUGUAUGCGAGUACAUGGUUCUACAUCAGUACUACGCUGGCCAUACGGAGUGGCUUACCCACCGGUGGUCAUUAGGCGAUACACACCUACACACCCACAGUCAAUGAAAAGGUAGCACAAGGCACACUAACACUCCUUAGAGCAGAUAACAGCACGUACGAAUAUAGGACGACACUUUAUCCUGAUCAAGCGCUACACUCCACACGGUUUUGGACGCUUCUCCCGAUAGCCGCAGACGAAUGCAUACCCAUACACACGAAAGGAAGACGGCACCUGGGGAAAGCUGGAGAGUGGCGGAGUGUUGUAUUGUCUGUGGCACGUUGAUGCACACAUACGUCUGUACUGUGAAGGGUUGUGUUGGCUACACUCUUGCAGCAUACAUUAUACGUAUACGCCGCCACUCAGCCGCUUUAUCUUGAAUACAGCCGAGGAUGCUCAUACUCGUCGCCAUCAAUGGGCAACACAUGGUAGGCAUACAUGAGAUGUCAUUACGCACCUCGUCAGCGUCGCCCCACUUCGUAUAAUAUUAUGUCAGCGCAUACAUGCAUGCCAUUGAUAUGCACACACAGGCUCGGGUGUGUGUACGCAUACGUGCGAUUAGGGGUGGCAUGGAAUGCCGAGAUCAGGCUAUAGUCCCCAUCGAUGCAAGAGGCGAGGUGCCGACUCACACCCCUCGAAAUGUUCGGUACACUUGCAGGAGUGAUGGAUGCGUGUCGGGGAUUGUCUGGGGGUGUACUCCCAUAUAUAAGCUUGCAUCUACCUACUGCCGACUCCAACGGGUGCUGAGGUUAGGCAAGUACACCCUCACAGAGACACACUCGUUGCUGUCACGGGGCGACCACGUGAAUCGUCGACGGAGAGACGCCUGGGUUGUGCAGGGGGUUAGCUGGCAUAUGACUGCAAGCUACAGCGAAGGCACCAACACUAGGCUGAGCGACUCAGUCGCAAGUAUAGCACAGAAUUACCUACACUCUAUGAGGUUAUCCCAUAUUAUUAUCCGCGGAGGACUCGGAAUAAAGACUUCAACUUAUCACAGUCGUGUC